CCGAUUCCUUUUGGUUCUAAGUCCAAAAUGGCAACUCUCAAAGAUCAGCUGAUUCAGAAUCUUCUUAAGGAAGAACAUACCCCCCAGAAUAAGAUUACAGUUGUUGGGGUUGGUGCUGUUGGCAUGGCUUGUGCCAUCAGUAUCUUAGUGAAGGACGUGGCAGAUGAACUUGCUCUUGUUGAUGUCAUGAAAGACAAACUGAAGGGAGAGAUAAUGGAUCUCCAGCACGGCAGCCUUUUCCUUAGAACACCAAAAAUUGUCUCUGGCAAAGAUUAUAGUGUGACUGCAAACUCCAAGCUGGUUAUUAUCACAGCUGGGGCACGUCAGCAAGAGGGAGAAAGCCAUCUUAAUUUGGUCCAGCGUAACGUGAGCAUCUUUAAAUUCAUCAUUCCUAAUAUCAUAAAAUAUAGCCCAAACUGCAAGUUGCUUGUCAUUUCCAAUCCACAUGGAGACUCCAGUGUGCCUGUAUGGAGUGGAGUGAACGUUGCUGGUGUCUCUCUGAAGAAUCUGCACCCUGACUUAGGCACUGAUGCAGAUAAGGAACAGUGGAAAGAGGUUCACAAACAGGUGGUUGACAGUGCCUAUGAGGUGAUCAAACUGAAAGGCUACACUUCCUGGGCCAUUGGACUGUCUGUGGUAGAUCUGGCCGAAAGUAUAAUGAAGAAUCUUAGGCGGGUGCAUCCAAUUUCCUCCAUGAUAAAGGGUCUCUAUGGAAUUAAAGAUGAUGUCUUCCUUAGUGUCCCUUGCAUCUUGGGACAGGAUGGAAUUUCAGAUGUUGUGAAGGUGACUCUGACUCCUGAGGAGGAGGCCCGUUUGAAGAAGAGUGCAGAUACACUUUGGGGAUCCAAAAGGAGCUGCAGUUUUAAAGUUUUCUAAUGUACCACUUCACUAUCUAGACUAUAGCAGGAUUUUAGUUGGAGGUUGUGUAUAUUGUCCUUAUUAUCUGAUCUGUUCCUCAAGAGACGGAAGAG